AUGUGCGAAAUUCUUCAGGCCAAUGUAUUGAUUGAGAAAUUGCCUGAUUCCUGGUCUGAUUACAGGAACCUUCUGAAGCAUAAGAAAAGGGAUCUGACUCUUGUUGAGUUAGUGAGUCAUAUGAAGGUUGAAGAAGUAAACCGGCUCAAAGAUACUCCACUGAAACCCAAGAAUGAACUUGCUGUGAGGGCAAAUCUUUUUGAAACUAAUGUUUAUUCUGAUAAAAAUGCAGGCCAUGGUAACUUGAACAGGGGACAAAGUUCGGGAAACACGAAGAAAGGAAAGAACAAGAAGAGAAACAACAAGGCUAAACUAAAGAGUAAGGCUCAUAUUGCAGAGACAGAUGAUGUGAUAGUUGCUGUGAAUUCUGAGGUGAACCUGGUGGAAAACAUAACUGAGUGGAUCGUUGACACAGGGGCUUCGAGACACUUAUGUGCCAACAAAGACAUGUUCGUGGAAUUGGAGAAAGUUGAAGAGGGCAAACAAGUCUACAUGGAAAAUUCAAGAAUCUCUGAGGUACUUGGGAAGGGCAAGGUGAUUCUCAAUUUCACUUCUGGAAAAACACUAGCUUUACACAAUGUAAUGUAUGUACCAUCCCUUCGUAGGAAUUUGAUUUUUGGUGCUUUGUUAAACAAAGUAGGUGUUAAGUUAGUUUUUGAAGCUAACAAGCUUGUGCACCUGCAAUGA